GGCCGGUGUCCAGGGCAGCGCCAGCGCCCAGGGGCCGGCCCUCGGGAAGGUGACCCUCGGCGGCCGGACGACUCGAGCCCCUUCCGGUCCGGCCGGCCGGGCGCUUCCGGCCGGAAGGGGCCCCCAUGGGGGAGGGGCUGAAGGGAAGUCCCGCCUCCGCCGCGCCGCCGAAGCCGCCGCCGCGCACCUGGCUGGUCCCUGAGGGGCGGGAGAUCCGAGUCCAGAGCUGCCAUGAUUGAAGUGGUAGCAGAACUGAGCCGGGGUCCAGUGUUUCUGGCGGGGGAGGCUCUGGAGUGUGUGGUGACCGUUACCAAUCCCCUGCCCCCCACAGCCACUUCCGCAUCCAGUGAGGCUCUGGCCUGGGCCAGUGCCCAAAUCCACUGCCAGUUCCAUGCCAGUGAGAGUCGAGUAGCACUGCCUCCUCCUGACUCCAGUCAGCCAGAUGUUCAGCCUGAGAGCCAGACUGUCUUUCUACCACACCGAGGUGAGAGGGGUCAGUGUAUCCUUUCCACUCCACCAAAAAUCCUAUUCUGUGACCUGAGGCUAGACCCUGGAGAGUCCAAAUCAUACUCCUACAGUGAAGUGCUGCCCAUAGAGGGACCACCCUCCUUUCGGGGUCAGUCAGUCAAGUAUGUCUACAAAUUGACCAUUGGCUGCCAGCGUGUCAACUCACCCAUCACUUUACUCAGGGUCCCUCUGAGGGUUCUUGUGCUGACCGGCUUUCAAGAUACCCGGUUUCCUCAGGAUGAGGCUGUAGCUCCAUCCAGUCCAUUCUUGGAGGAGGAUGAAGGUGGGAAGAAGGAUUCAUGGCUCGCUGAGCUGGCCGGGGAGCGCCUCAUGGCUGCCACAUCCUGCCGCAGCCUCCAUCUAUACAAUAUCAGUGAUGGCCGAGGAAAAAUUGGGACAUUUGGCAUCUUCAAAUCUGUAUACAGACUCGGCGAGGACGUGGUGGGGACUUUAAACUUAGGGGAAGGAACUGUAGCUUGUUUGCAGUUUUCGGUAAGCUUACAGACUGAGGAGCGUGUGCAGCCCGAGUAUCAGCGGCGUCGCGGGGCAGGUGGUGCCCCCUCUGUGUCCCACGUGACUCAUGCCCGGCACCAGGAGUCCUGCCUGCAUACCACCCGAACCAGCUUCUCCCUCCCCAUCCCUCUCAGCUCCACUCCAGGCUUCUGCACAGCCAUUGUAUCCCUGAAGUGGCGGUUGCAUUUUGAAUUUGUAACAUCUCGAGAACCAGGUUUGGUGCUCCUACCUCCCAUGGAACAGCCCGAGCCUGUCACUUGGACAGGGCCUGAGCAAGUGCCCGUAGACACCUUCAGCUGGGACCUGCCCAUCAAGGUGCUGCCUACAAGCCCUACCCUGGCCUCAUAUGCGGCCCCAGGCCCCAGUACCAGCACCAUAACCAUCUGAAACUGGCCCACCAUGGCUCUACUUUCUUCUGGAUACUGAGAACUCAGCACCUGGACUCUAGUAGGGCCUACUUUUUCCAUCUGGAGUCCAGCGGCACAGACAAUGAGAGACAGGCUUUCAGCUGUAGCAUUAAUUUAUUCAGAAUAAACUGGCAGCUGCUAGUGGUUUCCCUGGAAGUGGCAGCAGCAGUGAGCAGUCAGCAGAAGAGUGAUCAGUUGAGUUUAGCUGGAGUGGGGAGCAGGAGCCCCAGGAACAGGGGUGUUAGCUGAGCCCCACUCUAGGUUGGGCCUUCCCCCUUUGCAGGGCAGCCGAGGGUCAGAUUUUUGCACCAGGGAGAAUUGGCAGGUGCCGGCCUCCUGGUGUACCUCACACCCAGCCGGGAAGUCAAUGGGAUGCUGGGACCUGUGGAACCAAAGGAUGGGGAAGGAGUCAGCACAGAGAAAGACCACCUUUUUCCCUGCCCCACAUCCCCUCUCCCAGCAUUCCUCCCAUAUCUUCCCUUAGUGCCCCCUUGGUCCCCUUAAGUAAGCUCUUGCCUACUAUAUAUGAAUUUUUUCAUUUCAUAGCAGAAAUAUUUUUCCUCCAGACCUACCCCUACCUCCCUCACUUUGUAGCCUGAAGCCGUAUCUCUCACACUCUUUUUGGUACCUUCAGGUUUGGCCAGCCUCAUACUGCUGUUCUGUUCAUUCUCACAUCAGAGCAAUCUAGUCACUCCCUGGCCAUCCCUCAGUCAUUCAGGUCAGAGCCAUUCUCUGGCUGUCCUUGGUCACUCACGUGUCACAGCAGCCCACACCGAUGGGAUGCAGACAGGUGCAGUGGAAGCAGUCCUUGCGGAGCCAAGACUCACCCAGGGUAAAAUACUUCCCCUCAUGGUGGCAGGGGGCUAGGGAGGAAGAGGAAAUGUUAGUGUUUGGGGGAGUGGUGGGGCAGACACAAGCACUGUGGUCUGGAGCUGGGGAGAGUAAGUGCACACUAGCCCCGUAUUCAGUCUCUCCUGCUUCCAAGGUAGAGGGUCUGGGUAUUCUGAUACAGGAUCACCUCUGAGUCCCUCCCACCCCCCAACUCCAUGUCUUCAUCCUUUCCUAACACCUCACCGAGCUUUACCUUGAGCUUGGAAGUAGCACUUGCUGUGGACUCCUGGGUGCUGGAGGAGCAGAGAUAUCACCAAGCAGAUGAUCCCCCAGCCUCCCAGGAUCCCCUUAGCCUGUCCGGUCCGGGGCAUCCUUAGGGCCAUUUCUGCAGCACAGCCCUCUCAGACCCUUCUUGGCUUCUGUUCAGGCUACUCAGGUCUUGUCUCCUUGGCUUUUCUUUGUUUCUCUUCUUGAGUCUUAGUUUCUGUCUUUCUCCCUUGGGCUCCUGUCUCAUACCAUCUCUAUGCCCUCUGCUCUCACAGGCUUGAGGAUGUUUAUAAAGUGAGGACCCUGGCCCCCUGCUGAGGAGAGCUGGAAAAGCUGUAACUCUGUUUCCUGAGGUGAGGGCAUGAAAACAAGAGGUCUAGCUUUAACAAGCUGUGAGAGCUGAUUCAUGCCCGGGUGCAGCUAGGGGGAGGGAGGUGGCCGUGGAAGGGGUGCUGGACUGGGCACUUCCUCAGCAAGGAGCUGUGUGGGGUGAGGGCCCCCAGCUGGUCCCCAGAUCUCUUCCCUGACCUGGAGAGAAGGUUGCAUUCCACCGUCUCCACCCCUUCCCCCAACACACACACACCGCGCACACACACACCCCCUUCUCUCUCUCCCUCUCCCUCUUUCUCUCUCUCUCUGUGUAUGCUGGGAUCCCUGCCUGGACCGGAGGGAGGCAUUUCCUGGGGAUGGCUAAUCUUGUGUUCCAGCCAAACCGAGGAGCUGCAGUAGGGUGCGACGGCCAGAGGCUCCAGGAGAGCGAAGGGGCACCUGGAGUGGAGAAUGUUUCUCUCAGAUCCUAGGGCAGGGUCUUCCUGUUCUAGAGGCAUGGCAGCCCCUCAGAGGUGAGCUGGGUGUCUCUUUUCCUCAGGCCUGCCAGAGGUGAACUGUCCAUUGUUCAAUACCCUUAACCAUAUAGCAGAUACAUGAUCUCCCCAUAUCUGGGGAUGGUGGUUUCAAAGAGGGGCAUCUCCUCUAGAUGCCCUAAUGGUAGGAGUCACUCCAGUUUCACAGAGGUGCCCUCUUUCCUCCUGUACAUUAUGGAAUGAGGUUUUAGGAAUGUAUCCUCUGAUGUCCUCUUGAGUUUCCUGCAGGUUCUGGAGAACCCCAACAUGGGUGAUUAAGAGCGUGGGCUGUAGAGUCAGACUACUUAGAAUCAGAUCCUGACUCCACAUACCAGCUAUGUGACCUUGGGCAAGUGACUUCACCUCUCUAAGCCUGUUUCCUUAUCUGUAAAUUGGGAUAGUAAUACUACUCAGGGUUGUUAAGAGGAUUAAGUGAGAUCUGUCCCUGCCACAUAGCCCUCAGAAAAACAUUAACUACUGUGAUUGGUGUUAGAGCUCAGAGACAAAAUGGCUGGACAUUCCUUUCUUUGAAUGACAUUGAGCAGCUCUGUGUACACAGAUAGGGCUGCUGUCUCCUGGCAUAGACUUCUGCCCCUUUCACAGUCAUGCUCCCUGUCAUACCUGCAGGAGCAUUUUGGUUUUAGUCCUUGUCCCUUGAAAUUCUAAAUGUCUGGUUUGAGAAACUGUGUUGCUGAUAGAACUACUUUCCCCAGGUCAGUACCCUCACUUCUUUCCUGGGAAGACGUAUCAUUUUCUCAUCAUCCUUCCAGCUAAAUUUAGGACUCCUGUUUUUCUUGUUAGGAUUCUGAUCCAUUCUUCCCAUCCCCACUCAUGUGAACUCUCAAGUUCUUUCUGACUACUCUCAUAAUGGCCAUCUCUUUGGUACUAAGAGCCACUGGCCAAACUAGAUUUCUUUUUUCUCCCCAUACUUCAAAGACCCCUGUUCCAGCUAGCCCUCUCCUACUUAGAGAGCCAAUCACUUUGGCCUUUAUUCCAUUUUUCCUUCUAAGUCUCUAGUCCCCGUCACUCCAAGACUCCCACUACCUGUCACCCAGUGGAUCAGAUACGUUAUUUCUGGCUGACUUUUUUAGAGGGUUACCUUGCCUUCUCACCUCUUCACCAUUCAGAAGCAACCUCAUCAGUCCACCUCAAACUCUCCGUCCUCUUCCGAGAAGACAGCUUAAGUGCAUGGAGGUGCAGACUGUACCACACAUUCACCCUAGUCAGGUUUGAUAGCUUUUUGGUUCCAGAGGAGUACCAAGAGAAAAAAGAAAACAGGGUUGAAACAGGGUUCCUGAUGCAGGCUGGCACGUGGGAGGCAGGGCCGUGGGCUGCUCUCUUGGCUGGAGCAGGUGGAUUAGAAAGCCUGUCUAGCACAAGGGGCCAAAAGCCUUGUCAGUGGUCAGUAGCUCUGCUGCUGUCUUUCUGGAUGGGGGCCACCAGCUGAUACCCUGGAAAUCUGGACCAUAGACUACCUUCUGCUCCUGCAACCUGUAGCCAACCCAAUAGGGGGCGGACAUGAGUGGGGAGCUCGAAGCUAUGACAGUAGUGAUGCUGGAAGGCAAAGGGGGCCCAGCAUGGAUUGGUGUGUGUAAGGUAAUGGGGACUGGAGAAGUGCGAGUUAGCCGCCUGCAGUGAAGAUGACGUAGGUAUAUAGGGGCAGGAGUAGGGGGCUUCUGGAAAGGAUCCCUUUCCCAGAAGUUGGGGGGCGGCGGGGAGGUGUUGGUUGAGCCCACUGGCCUGGCUGCUGGUGUGCACGCUCCUGUGUGCAUCUGUGUAGCUUGUGGCUGUGUACGCGCGUGUGUAAGGGUGUCGGUGGUUAGGGCCCAACUUCGGGUUGGCCGAGGCAGAGCCGGAGGGGCCGCCAGUGGCAGGGGGCGCGGCGGUUGGCGCACGCUGCCUGCGGGGGCAGGACAAACAUCCGCCGGAGGCCCGGGCGGGCGGCGCGCCAGCCCCCGGGCAGGUGCGCACUCAGGAAGUGAGUCACUUCCGACGCCGGCAGCCGCUGUGCGGGAGCCUCGAGGGGCGGCUGGGCGGGGGUGCGCCCGAGAGGUUUGAGCGGGGAGCCACAGGGGGUCCAGGGCCUGCGCUUGUCCCGGCGCGAAGCACGCCCUGGACGCCGAAGGCAGGACUGCAGCCUGCACGAGGCCGGCGGGGCGCCCGGGGGGCCGCGAGUGCCCGGGAGAAGGCCCUGGCGACCUCGGCGAGGGGAGGGACGGGGCCUGUAGAUGCGGGGCUUCCGCAUCGGUUGGGCAGGUGGACAGGGCCGACCCCCAGGGACGAGGUCUGUUCAGAAGCCUGAGUGCCCGGCGAGUGAGGGGAGGUUUCGGGAGCAGCGGGGUUAGGGUUAUCUGGGUACAGUUGUGGCCAGGUCAUCAAAGGCUUGCAAUGCCGGAAUGAGGAAUCCGCAGUUGGCCUCACAGGUAGACUCUGUGGUCUCGAAGCAGGAAGAGUCGGGAGUGCCUUAAAGGCAAGGUUAUCUGUGUCCAGCAUUACUGCCUGCCAAAGAAUUAGGCAUCGGUCCCCUAAGUUUUACAAUCGUGUAAAAUUGCAUUACUACAUUUAGCAAGUGACUUAAUAUCGUUGAAUUUUUAAAAAUAGAAAAGUUGAAAAAUCUGAUUGAAUACUUGAUUAAAAACCCCAAGUAAGAUUAUGAAGAUUAGUUAUAUGGUGUUGAAUCUUUGUCUUGCUUUUGUGCCAUUUUUCCCUCGCUGAUUUGACUGAAUUUUGUGUUAAUGCCUCAGUUAUUCUUAUAUCAGUAGCUAGCACUUCUAGUUUUUCUCUUCCUCAUCUUAUGGUCUUUAUUUUUAACCUUCACUCUUCUGUGCAGCCCUUUCACCUGUCUGUGUACCUGAACCAAGUGAAGCAUUUCUUGGAGUGGCGGCAUUGGGCUACGGUAUACAAAGACAAGUAACUCAGUUUUACCAUAUAUGUUAGGUUACUCAUUAUCUUCUGUGAUCGUGUAUGUAACUAUAAAGUUUCUGUAUUUACUCUGUGGCUGGUAAAAAGAGAAAGCUAAA